AUGUUCACGCUAUUUCUCCUGGCUUUAUGUGAUAAUAGGUUCAACGCUCUUAAGUUCUUCACGCAGUUCAGUCCUCUAAGUGAAGGUUACAGGCAAUUCUUCCCAUCUCUAUCCCUUCCCGUUCCUCAAGCGGGCGUGACACAGGACACGACCACCCUCACAGUCGAGGCCCCAGGCAUUGUCUCUCUUGUCAACCCUCUGUCUACCCUCGCAGCUCCGGAAUAUUCCCAUUCCCAGCCACCUCCGCCCAGCACGGGAAUAUUCCCAUUCCCAGCCACCUCUGCCCAGUUCGGGGAAUAUUCCCAUUCCCAGCCACCUCCGCCCAGCACGGGAAUAUUCCCAUUCCCAGCCACCUCUGCCCAGUUCGGGGAAUAUUCCCAUUCCCAGCCACCUCCGCCCAGUUCGGGGAAUAUUCCCAUUCCCAGCCACCUCUGCCCAGUUCGGGGAAUAUUCCCAUUCCCAGCCACCUCCGCCCAGCACGGGAAUAUUCCCAUUCCCAGCCACCUCUGCCCAGUUCGGGGAAUAUUCCCAUUCCCAGCCAUCCCGGCGCAACUCGGCACUGGGGGCACUUGUCCAACUUGUUGA